UAUUUUGGCUGUUGAGCUAAGGAGAGAGAUUGGUCUAAAGUCGUUAGGUUUUUUAGGUUUUGGAAUCUUUUGGAUUGGAACGAUUAUACUUUCUUUCCAGAGAUCAGGUACCUUUUUUGUCAUUAAUGAUAGAGAGAAUAAACUAAAGAGUGGAUAUGCCAAUGUUUGUGCACAGUUUUUAAGAAAGAUAUUAGGUAUAUUAUCAGGUGAUGUGUUAUUCUUAUUAUCUAAUUUUGUUAAAUAAUUAAAUAUAUCGUAAACUGAAAAAUCCAUGUAAUCUAUUGUAUUCAAUAGUGGGGAAGUUUUGUUUGUAAUCUGUGUGUUAGUCCCACUGUUUUUAAAGACUGAACUGAAAUGAGAUGCAAGUAUGUUAACUUUCUGUUUAUUUGUGAAUAUUAUGUUAUUGUGAUCGUCUACCAUUGUUGAGUAUUUCAAAUUUUUUGAUUUAAGAAAAGCGCCAACAUAUGCAAAUUUCUUUUUUGGGUGGGGUAUUAUUCUUUUUUCUUUAUUUUUCCGAAAUUUCAGCAUCUGUUUCCUUAUUAGAUGAGUUAUCUUCAAAUAGUUUGGCCUAUUCGUUUUAUGAAUGUUUCGUUUCCAUAAACCCUCUUGAGUGUCUAAUAAUUUUUUAAUAUGAGUCGGUAAUCCUUUUAGUUUAUUUUCUAUAGGUAAACAAGUUUUUAGUUUUUUUAGUU